CUGGGUUCCGGUUCCGAGGCGGUUCGAGGCAUUAGCCCUGGCCGGGGGACGGGAACCUGUGUUGGCCUCUGGGGCGGCGGGUGAGCAAGCCUGUGCUCCAGACGCGGCGGGCGGGGACUACGGCGUCCUCGUGGCCUGGGCCCCUGGAGCCCGGCCCGGGCUGCAGCGGGGCGGCCUCCGGUCCUCCCUUGCCCAGGUGGGUCCGCGAGAAGCUCCCUAACCCAGAGGUAACUCCCACCCCUCGGAGAGUGGGUCGGAGCCCGGGGAUGAGGGAGAGACCUGGCUGUGCGCCCCACACCUCCCGGGCUUGCCUCGCUCCGUGUACCCUUCUUGGGUUCUGCGCCUUCUGACAUUUCUGGUGCCUCCUGGGUCACGGACGCAGACCUGCAUCCCAAGGCCUCGUUCCUCGGCCUGCCUUACUUUAGACUUAGAAUCACAGAACGUGAGGAUAGAAGAGGGCCUUAAAGACCAACGUCUCCAGCCUUUUUGUUGGUAAAUGAAGAAUGAGAAGCGGAGAGAUUAAGUCCCUGAGGUCCACCCAGGAAGAAACUUUGCACAGGAGAUCUUGCUUGAAGCGUUGAUAAGCUUUUGCACAGCUAUGAUGGCAUCUACUUGGGCUACCCAGGCCCACAAGGACCAGGAUGAACUUUUGGAAGUAAAGGAGGAGGUGGAGGUGGGGGAGGAGCACAAGUAUACCGCCAGACACGAUCGGAACCUGCAAAAGCACAGCACCCAUAGCAGCAGGGAGAUAUUCCGGCAGUACUUCAGGCAGUUCUGCUACCAGGAAACAUCUGGACCCCGGGAGGCUUUGAGCCGACUCCGGGAACUUUGCCAUCAGUGGCUGAGACCAGAGACCCACACCAAAGAGCAGAUUCUGGAGCUGCUGGUGCUGGAGCAGUUCCUGACCAUCCUGCCUGAGGAGCUCCAAGCCUGGGUCCAGGAACAGCAUCCGGAGAGUGGGGAAGAGGUGGUGACUGUGCUGGAGGAUUUAGAGAGAGAGUUGGAUGAGCCCGGAUAUCAGGUCUCAGCCCACACUGAGGAACAGGAAAUGUUCUUGCAGGAGAUGGCACCGCUCGGAACAGGACAAGAACUCAGGAUGUCCCUGCCGUCCAAGAAAGCCCAGCUAAAGUGUGAAUCUCCAGAACUCGAAGCCCAGCAGGAGAAAGUUUCAGGUAUUGAGACUGGAAAUGAGUACAGGAAUUUAACUCUAAAGCAAGAAGUUUCUGAAGAAAUGAAACCAUGUGGGAAUAUAUCUGGCAAAUUUGAAAAUGAAAUGCCUCAGUCUGCUAGGUAUGAAAAAACGUAUGAACCUGAAGGAAAACCAGAAGAGCCUUCUGGAUACUCCAGGAAAGAUAUACAACCUACAUGUGAUGAAAAUGGAGUAAGUCUGACUGAGAACUCAGACCUUACUGAACACCAGAGAACCUGUCCAGGAGAAAAACCUUAUGAAUGUGAUGACUGUGGAAAAGCUUUUAGUCAGUACGCAUGCCUCACGGAACAUCAGAGGAUCCAUACUGGGGACAGGCCCUACAAGUGUGAAGAAUGUGGAAAAACUUUCCGUGGGAGAACUGUGCUUAUUCGACACAAAAUAAUACACACUGGAGAGAAACCAUAUAAAUGUAACGAGUGUGGCAAAGCCUUUGGCCGGUGGUCAGCUCUUAAUCAACAUCAGAGACUUCACACAGGAGAGAAACACUACCACUGUAAUGACUGUGGCAAAGCCUUUAGCCAGAAAGCAGGCCUCUUUCACCACCUCAAGAUCCACACAAGAGACAAACCUUAUCAUUGUACUCAGUGUAAUAAAAGUUUUAGUCGGCGUUCAAUUCUUACCCAGCAUCAAGGCGUUCAUACUGGGGCAAAGCCCUAUGAGUGCAACGAGUGUGGAAAAGCCUUUGUUUAUAACUCCUCCCUUGUUUCGCAUCAGGAGAUCCACCACAAAGAAAAAUGCUAUCAGUGUCAGGAAUGUGGGAAAUCCUUCAGUCAGAGCGGCCUCAUUCAGCAUCAGAGAAUCCACACUGGGGAGAAAUCCUACAAAUGUGACGUCUGUGGGAAAGCCUUUAUUCAGAGGACAAGUCUUACAGAACAUCAGCGAAUUCACACUGGAGAGAGACCCUGUAAAUGUGAUAAGUGUGGGAAGGCUUUCACCCAAAGAUCAGUCCUCACAGAGCAUCAGAGGAUCCAAACCGGAGAGAGGCCCUACAAGUGCGAUGAGUGCGGGAAUGCCUUCCGAGGAAUCACCAGCCUCAUUCAGCAUCAGAGAAUCCACACUGGGGAGAAACCCUACCAAUGUGAUGAAUGUGGCAAAGCCUUCAGACAGAGGUCAGAUCUUAGUAAACACCAGAGAAUCCAUAAUAGAGGUGGUCCCUAUAAAUGUAAAGAGUGUGGGGAGUCGUUUAGGCAGAACUCAGCUCUCACUCAACACCAGACCAUCCACAAAGGAGAAAAAUCUGUUUCUGUGUCAUGACUACAGGGAAGCUAUCUCACAGAGUGCAGGCUAGAGAGAAACAUCAGCUUUGAAAUGAUUUAGGACGAAACAUUAGUCACUUUCUAUAAGGAACACUCACAUAUUUUACAAAGAAUCCACUAUGUGUGGCCCGUUUUAUUAGGUGCUGUGGAGAACAAGAAACAUAACACCAGAUUCUUUUUCUCGAGUUUACAACCUAGUGUGGGAUAUAUGAGAUCUACUUGUUUAGUUAAAUAUAUAAGUACAGGGCAGUAGAACUGAUGCUCAAAGUAGUGCAGAAUUAAGCUGGCACUUGGAAAACAGUAAGUGCUGUAAAUUGUGAUGUGUGUAUGUAUGUAGUUAGGGGAGGGGUGCUAGUGCUCUGCCCUGUUUUACUCUUAACUUCCCUUUUUUCCUAUAGUUACCACUGUGUUCUGAAUUUCCUAAUAAUUUAUCUUGAGAACUGGUUUACAAUUGUUUAGUUUGUAUACCGUCUUGAAUACAUAAAAGAGCCAAAGAUUAGUGAUUCUUCCUCUUGGGGUGUCAGAAAAAAACAAAUCAACCAACAGCUGGUUGACAUCACCCCUUGUAUUACUGAGUAAACAGUUCUGUUUUUUAUGGGAACCUAUGAUGAUGAUUGUAGUGGAUAAUAGGCAAGCCACAAAGAAGUACACAAAGCUCCUGGUCUGUUUAUCUUUUUACCCACAAAAAUCAACUUGAUUUCUACUGAGAUGUCCUUUUAUUUCUUCCCUUUCUACUUUUGGACGGCAAAUACCACAAUUUCUAGGACUACCUUCCCACCCCAGAGAACUUCAGUCCCCUCACCUCCCCUCACCUCUAGCUGGUCAGUGGGUUUGAAGUGGUGAGACAGUGACGAAAGAGGAAGGGGAGAAAAAAGAAGGGUAAUCACCACUCUUUAACUACUCCUAACUACCCUUCUGCCGAGCCCUGUCUUCACCCCAUUCUCUCCCCACUCCUGUAAUGUACUCUACCCCCAUUUCCCUAGUGCCCUGUGUGUUGCCCCUCUGUCCAUAAUCCCUAUAUAGGACAGAAGAAUGUCAUCACUGGCUUGGAACUAGAAGAGUCCCUAGUCCUAGAAAAAGACGUAUUUUUCUAAGUUGUGAAUACAUUUUCCCAUAAAUAUGAUAAUGGUACUAGUAUCAAUAAUUAAAUAAUCAUUAAAACUAAUAAUAAACGACUAACAAUUUAGGCAUGUUAUAUGUCAAAUUGGCUUUUAGGAUCAGAAUUUACAUUGACUGUGGGAAAACAUUCUGAGUUCACAACAUAGGAAAGCAAAUGAACAAUUGAGAAACAACUCAUUCACAAGUUGAGGACUGUUUAUUGGGGCUUUUUCAUAAGACCAUCAUUGGCACACACAAAGCAUUGAGGCAGCUGGGAUUGGAAACCAAUUUUUUUAAUUUAUUAUUUUUUAAUGGAGGUACUGGGGAUUGAACCCAGGACCUUGUGCAUGCUAAGCACGUGCUCUGUUGCUGAGCUAUACCCACCUCCCCCGGAAACCUGAUUUUUUACAUCCCAAAACAAAUAAGGAUCCCAGAAUUGAUCCUCAUACCUCUGUAGCUAUAUGAGGCCUACUCCCUACCUACACUUACCCUGUCUUGACUUUCUCUCUCUCGUGCAAACUCUUCUUUGAAGAGUUAGUGACAGGAACCUUUAUGAGCAUCUUUACCAAACUUAUGCUGUCCAUACUUGUCAUCUAAUCUGAGUUCACAAACAUGUUUUCCAGACUGAAAUUACUCUUCAUAGUAAUGUCAGAGCCUCUCUUUAAUCUGACUGCUCAGUGGAAAGCAAUCCUUACUUUAAACAUGCUGUCUACUCAGUGCUGUUACUUGCAGUCUCUCCAGUUCAUCUUGUGCUUGACAUGUUCUCUCAGUGCACACAUGUUCCUCCACUUGCCUCUAACUAUUAAGUAAUAUAAAAGAACCAUAAGCAAAGACCCAGAACAACGGAAUAUGCCUAUUAUAUAGAAGAAUACACUUCAUAACUUAUUUAAAAAUAAAUGUGAGUGUUUUGUUUCAGUUGUUUCAUGUGCUUAAAUACAGUUGUAGUACCAAAAAAAAAAAAAAAAAAGGUGGAGUGGCAUAAGAUUCCCAGGUAGGCAUCAAAGGGAAUCAGACUAGUCCAAGAUAAGGAGAAGAUACAAAGUUUCUAAUUGGAACUAAAUUGGCAACUCAGAAGUUGAAGGGCCUGAGGGGCAAGUGGAUGACAUAACAUGUUAGAUAUGGAAUUGCAGAAAGCAGUGAACAGAAUGCCUUGUGCUGAAGUUGAGAGUACAUCUUUAUGUAUAAAAGGUAGAUAUCCUAUCGACAAUGACAGGAUCUAGGAAAUCAAGGUCCCCUGAAGCAGCUCACCUAUGUGGAUUUUGAAAUCAACAACAGGAGGCAGGAUGGAAAGAAAAUAUAAAAGUGAAGCAAGUCCACAGUAGAGGUAAUGGCAGCCAAUAGUAGUAACACAACAGCCAGAGAGAGCAACUGUUGUAAACUCAAAUGAAUCAUGAAGCAGCAGCUUAGAAUUCUAGUGACAUUAAGGAUGAGAAUAAGAUCAACUAGCUUCUCUUUUCUAAUUCAAGGUAAACAAUAUAUUGAGUGUUUAAGGCAAAAAGCACCUGCAGAGGUUGGGGGAGAAUCAGAUUUCUAAGGGAAUGGUAAGUGAAGUGAGCUUAAACAUGGGCUUCGAUGAAAAAGUAACCUGACAAUCACAAAAGGGUUCCAGAGAGUGUAACAGAAGGGAACUCUGAAGGGAAGGAAGAUGGUCUCCUUCUCAAAAAAAAAAAAAAAAAAAAAAAAGUAUGAAGGAGUUGCUGGGAUUUGAGGUAUGAGAUAAAACCGAUGAGGAAAGAGAAAAAUUGAGCAGGGCUCUGGGAUUGAGAAAUCUCAUCUGCAUGGUGAAGAUGGAGGUGGAGAGCGCUCAGAUGCAAGCACUUAGAAAAGCCCUGCACUCCUGUACUCAGAACAGAAGUAGCUUCCUUCAUUAAUAUCCAGUGAUUAUUGAUUAUACGGUGUUAUAAAGUCAUUAUUGUUGUUAUAAAGUCAUUGUUGUUGGCCAUCUUUAGGAUUAGAGAAAAGGAUUAUUAACGGUAUCUCACCAUUUCAUCCCUGAUAAAGCAGGCAAUUUAGGAACUCUACAACUUGCUGUAGUUGAACCCUAGCUGAGUGACUUUGGGCAAGAGAUUGAAGACCUUGUGCUUCAGUUUCCUCAUCAUGUAAAAUAUCGAUAAUAAUACCUACCUCGUUGGGCGGUUAAAUGGAUA